UUAUACGGGUAAUAGGCAAUAGGUAAAAUUAUUAAUAUGUGCGUUCAACAAUGGAAGCUGAUCGCGAAGAAACCGUUUCGUACAAAGUGGAAUAUUAUAUGAUGGUAUUUUAUGUUUAUAUGAUAUUCAUCUUUUGAUCUGCCAUAAAAUGCUCUUAUCAGUUGAGUUAGCAUUGCCUUUAAUACAUGGUAAUAUAGAUGUUCUCUUUACCUGUUCUUACUGAAUGUCUCAACAACCUUUUGACAAAAAUAGCGCUCAAAUCUUACUCAAUGUGUGUGCCUUAAAAUGUUCAUCCAUAACACAGAGAGCAAAAAUUAACAUUGACACUAUUUUGCAUGAAUAUUACCAAACUUUGCAAAUCCGUGUGGGCUAUUAGGCUAUGUACUGCUCCCUGGCGUUAGGCUACCUUAAGAGCUGCCAAGCGGUUACUCUCUUUUAUGUGGUGUUUGAUUAUUGAUUGGCACGACGCAUUGAUGGCGAACCAGGGCGCCCUAUACAGCCAACUGAAAGGAUGAGAAGCGCUGGAACGAUGAGACUCCAGUAACUUCUGAGUGACCUCUGCAUCACAAAGACGGUCUCCAUCAAUUGUCCGCUGGCUUUAUGCGCUUCUUUUUGUGCCUUGGACCGUUUUUGUCUUUUGUCUUGUUUUUAUAGGUCAAAAUCCCUAGGCUGACUUUGAUUUACCUUAGUUGAAUAUUAAUUUACUCUCUGGACCACAUGCAUACACAUGUGACGCACAGACAUGUUUUUAUAUGAGAUCAUUAAAUCUGUAUAAUGUCCAGGGAUCAUACACAGUGAUAACGCGCAUUGCAUUGUGUUUAAUACACAGACAGAACGGGAUGUUUUAUUUAUUUAUUUAUUUUAACACGCGGAGAAUCAAUGUAUGCUUGCAAACUGAUUUAUUCCAUCAGACUGAAUAUUGUAGGCAUCCUAAUUGAGAGAUAAUGUGAAGUUUGUGAAAUUUGCUACUAGGUGUGCAUAGCUUUUGCUCUGUUGAUGGAGUCUCUCCACCUCGAUUGGCCAAGCUGGUCACAUGGGCGCCUAACUUUAUUCAGUUGACAGCAAGUAGGAGGGCUUUAUGGAGGGAGGAAAAAAAGACAACUCGAGAAAAAUUAGUAUUUUCUACCUUCAGAAAUUAAUGGCCAUGAGUUCGUACAUGGUGAACUCCAAGUAUGUGGAUCCAAAAUUUCCUCCUUGCGAGGAAUAUUCUCAGAACAGUUAUAUACCUGAACAGAGCUCAGGCUACUAUAGUCCAUCGCAGGACACAGAUUUACAGCAUCCCGGGAUCUAUUCACGGUCAAACUACUCCGAACAGCCUUACAGCUGUAACACUGUCCAGGGCUCAUCGGUGCAGCCGCGGGGUCAUGUGCAGGAUCAAGCCAGCCACCCCAGCCCUUUCCCCGCACAGAGAGAGCAGUGUCCUGCGGUCCAAAUAUCGGGACCGAGGACUUGUGGACAACAACAAAACACAAAGAGCCAGAACGGGAUACCAGCCAAGCCGCCUGCUGUAGUUUAUCCAUGGAUGAAGAAAGUCCAUGUUACUACGGUGAACCCGAAUUACACAGGAGCGGAACCAAAACGCUCUCGGACAGCCUACACAAGACAGCAGGCUCUGGAACUAGAAAAAGAAUUUCAUUUUAACAGGUAUCUAACAAGACGGCGUCGCAUCGAGAUCGCGCAUACCCUCUGUCUCUCAGAGCGACAGAUUAAAAUCUGGUUUCAGAACAGAAGAAUGAAAUGGAAAAAAGACCACAAACUACCUAACACGAAAGGAAGAUCUGCAUCAGCUGGGAAUCAGCAUGCACAACACGCUCAGAAGGACAACCAAACAGAGAUCACAACUUUAUAAGUGGAUAUCUUUUCCUCCCUGCAGAUGUACAGAUGAACUGUAUGUAAUAGACAAUGCUUCUUUUUACACUGCAUGGUAGCAAACCGUGGCAUGUUGGUUACAAGUGCCAAAAACUGAGAACCAGAAGCACACACCUUGACUAAAUACAGUGUAAAAGACUCCUAAAACCCCACAUUUCAAUACUUCCAACAUUGUAACUCUUUGUAACUGAAGCAAAUUGGAUAUGGGCAUCGAAUGAUGGUUCACAUGCCACCUCGAGGUACAGUAAAACGUCAGUCAACUCACGAUUUAAGAGCUUGGUUCGUUUUAGUAAAACUAUUCACAUUUAAUAAAUCCCCUCUGUAUUUUAACCACCUUUCUCCUCUUUUUAAACAAUUAUGGCAAGUGUGCGUCUAUGGCGCGUCAGUUUAUCUUAACUUAAUUAUUACAGAGAACUUAAGCAAGACAAUGUCCAGCAUAUAUUAAAUUACGAAUAUCUUUUUUUUUUUUUUUUUUUUUACUUGAGUCGA